AUGGCUUACAAUUAUUCCGAUAAUGAGGAGAUUUUUGAGCCGUUGAACUUGCAAAGAUUUCAAUUGCCAUCAGGAUCUUUGAAAGGAAAGGAAAUAUUUGUCUACUAUGCUUUUUAUGAUACCAGUACAUUGGACAAGGAGGAGAUUUUUGUUGCAUUGGAUGAGGAAACCAUUUUGCCGUUAGAAUGGGCUGAGAUCAAAAUCAUUCACGGCUCUUCUUGGGCCAUUGUGAAAUUACAUCGUUUGCCUCGUAGUUACGAAUAUGACAUCAAUGUUUGUAUCGUGGGACCAUUAUUUUGGUACAAUGACUGGCCAAGAGUGUUCUUGAUUCUUGAGAAAUGGAGAGUCAACAAGGUUCGAAAAGUUCUACUUCACGUUCAUUCCAUGUCACAAGACACAAAAAGGGUUUUGGAUUACUAUAUCAAAAAGGGUUUAUUAGAGAUCCGACCAUAUCCAAUGAUGCCAUUCACAAACGAAUUCGAUCCAAACAAUCACAUCUUUUACACAGCUCAACAUUUGGUGACAUUUAUGUGUAGUGUUUGGAACGUCAGCGAAACUUUAUUGAAAGUGGUGGAGAGAAUGGAUGAGGAAGACCUGGGUUCGUUUACUUUAAAACACAAUGCCCUCGGAUUUCUACAUGGAAUGAUCCCGAAUCCAUGGAAUUUCCGAGAAUUUCUGAAAUUCGAUUUCUUGAAAAGCGCUAUUCCCUAUAAAGUAGAUGUGAAUGGAAAAUACAUUAUGAAAACGGGGAAAGCUCGGGUGCCUUGGAUUCAUGGAAUGAAGAAAUACUUUGGAAAGUCAAAUGAUGUACAGAUUUCCACUGAUGACAUCCUUUUACUCCACCUCAGAAAUAGCUACAAUGAUAUCAAAAAGAAACAGAAUCUCUUCCCUGAAGAUCAAAUAUUUCAGAAUUUGAACACAACAGAACUAUCAAUAACAUUACGAGAGAUUUUCGGAGAUGAAGAGCCAUCUUUUAGACCGUCACUCACUGAUCCGAUACUUCAUGAGUGCAUGAAAAGUGCACUGUCUGAUACCCCGGGAGAAGAUUGCCUCAAAACAACAGGAAAUGGAUGCUUCGAUGUGCUGAAAGAUCUCGACGAUUGGCUUUUUGCUGUGCCAACCGAAGGGAGUCAUUAUAUACCGAUU